UCACAAUUUACAUCAUCUCAUUCGUAUGUACUUUUCUCUUGAGCUUGGCUGGCUUUUCCUCCGGAGCCAUGUCUUCAAUAAUAAGCCCUCAUGGUGUGGUCCUGGCCACAGCCAUGGCCGUCUCCGGCACCGUCUUCCUCCUCGUGCUUCGCCUCCAAAAGUCUCUCCCACCUUCCCAAUUCCCCGGUGAUCAAAUUCCACACUCCUCACCGCCAAUUUUACGUUCUUGUAUCUCUACCGAGGGGAAGAAGAAGAAGAAGAAGAAGAGGGUGCAGUUUGCAGAAGAUGUGGUGGAUCCAAGUGGGGAUGGGGAGGAGUACAGAAGGCAGCAUGCUAUAACUAACAAGUCUUCUUCUUCUUCUUCUUCAUCAUCAUCAUCGUCAAGUUCAUCACCACCGCCAAAGGUAGAACAGAGGAGAGGCAAAAACAGAGGAAUGCCUGAAAACAGGGUGGCUCUGUACAAUGGAAUUCUCAGGGAUCGUGUCGUUCAGCGAUUGGCCUACUCCUUUUGAUUGAAUUGUCUCCCUCUAAUGUAGCCUUGUUGCUCUUGCUCUUCUUCUUUCAUCCUUUACAACUUUUUUUGUUUUUGUAAGGAUCUGUUCAUGAACAGUAGGAAUUUGCAGCCGACAGGUUUUUGGCAAAUUCCUGUUGUCUUAAGCUGAUUGGGUAGAGGGUGGAUUUCGUUGAUAAAUCCGAGGGUAAUUUCUUUUAGGUCUUCUUCAUAGUUAGCAUAAGAACAACUCUCUGCCUUUUUUUAAUUACCAUGUUCUGUCUUUCACAACUCAGAACAAUCACAUGUAAUAUUGUUCUUUCUUCUUUUCUUCGCCUGACGUGUAAAUACAGCGACUAAUUGUACUUUUCCUUGGU